AGCAAGCGUCGUUUGUCGUCAACGGCGGCACUACAAGAUGGCGUGGCUGAUUUUUUUCGGACUGCACGCUGGCAUUUUGUGUGCACGAGCCGCAACAUUUUCUUUUCCGGCGCCGCCCGACGAACUUGAAGCACUUUCUGUUGCUGGCGGUGGAACAAGCCGAGAGAAUCAACAACUUCAGCGCGAGGCUGACCUGCGACAUGAUUUUUCGCCGGCCAAAUCUAGUACUUUACGACCCGCACUUGAAACGUUCGUCUCCUUUCUGUCCUCUGCCUCCGCAGCAGUCGGCCGACGUUGGCUGUUCUACGACUCUCCGCCUUGCGGUCGUAGUACGAAGCCGGACCAUGUUGUGCAUGUUGAUCAAAGGCAGCCGACUUUGUUCUCAGCGAGUGGUCAGGACGACGAAGAUGCUGCGCCUGCGGAGAGCGUUCUCACAAAAUCCGAUCUGCCUGAGGACGAUAAACUUCUGGCGAACGCGCAGAUGAAUAAGAAGCCAGGUAGUCAUGAUGCGAUUUCGUGGAUCAAGCAGCCACGCCUGAGCAGCGGACUGCACAACUUUUUCGAAAGUGAGGCUGGCAGCCCGACCGCGAGUUCCUCUUUUGGUGCCUCCGCGUCGACCUCUUCUUCGGGAGGACUCCGGCAAGAACACGACUUCCAGAACCCACGAAGCGGCAUGAUGUAUUUCGGAGAUAGUGACGGAAGUCCCUUUCCAUCCCCCUCGGGGGACUCAGACAUGAUGUACUACCACGAGGAGCACGCGGACACAGCAUCAGCUACCACCACUGGUACACGGGAACAACAAAACGGCACUGCGCCCUGGGCGUUGGAGCCGUCCGCAAACUACACGAUGUUGCGGCAGCCACAAUUACACCUCCGAUUGCCGACCGCUUGCAAAGGUGCGCCUGGAAAGAAGACUUGUGCAGAUGAAGGCGUGCGGAGUUGUAGUAAGCAGAUGAAAACCACCAGAGAUCAUGAGGUCAUGAAACAAGACAUUGAAAUUGAAAUGGAUGGUGGGGUGAGGAUCAGCGGAAAACGCAAAGCCAGUAGUCUUUGCUGCAGCUCCAGAAAUGAAACCGGCAGCUCGUCAGCAGUGGCAGACGGUUGUUCUUGGGCGUCCCCCGCACUCCUGCCGCAAAAGUUCGAAAAGCUGGACAUCCAAAGGGAGGAGAAUCAUCUAGAAGUCCUUUCUUCGACCGAAAGCUCUGCCAAAAAGAAUCCUUCAAAAAAGAAAACAAAAAACACGAAAGAUGUCCUGCCUCCUCGAGUCAAGCAUGAAAAGAACGCGACGGUCUUUGAUGAAACCAGUUCUGCUUCCUCAAGGCCCCCUGCUGGUUUUCUCGCUGCGCGCAUCGGGUUUACGAAGGAGGUUCUGUCGGCCGUCUUACAGAAGGAGACGGAACAAAGGCACAGAAAAUCCAGGCGCGCCGGGGGCGGUGGACCUCUGGCGGCAUCCGUGUGGAGCAGGGAAAUUGGCGGGCCCCCACCUUGUCGCUGCCACAGACCCGCCGAUUUUGCAGAAGACAAGCAUUUUCGGCCCAUGAGUUCGCCAAGAACUACACCGACUGCGGCGAGCCCCGACGAGGACGACAUCUUCGAUGAUGAUGAUGAUCUGCCUGUUGAAUCCUUUUGGACCAGGGCAAUGGGCGAUUGCCCACCCCCCGAGCGCUGCUUCAGCCCCGCGGAUUUCCUAGAAGUGGAAGAGUCUCGGUUGAGUUCGCCAGCCCCAGCAGCGAGUCCAGUGUCGGCGCGGUCGCCGGUCGCACGCAAUUCUACUGGGAUGGACGGUAGCCAGCUUCACUUUGAGCUUGUGGAGGAAGAGAUUUAUCCGACCCCGAGCUGCUCGAGGGGGAAUUAUUCAGAUGUUGCAGCUGAACCGAAGCACGGUCCUUGUUAUUCGACGGAGCUGCAACCGCAGAUGAAUUUUGUUGAAGAUGGCCUUAGAUGUACGUCUCCCACGAAUACCAAACUUAGAUUUCUUUCUCCCACGAAAGGAAAAGGUAAGAAUGGCACGAAUGACGCGAAACAUGUUGGUCCGUUGUGGCCGUCGAGGGAAGAAGAUCUAUUUUCCCAGUUUCUUUGCAGUGGCUCCCACAUCAGUGCGUCUGGCCCUGUUGGUGUCGCCGACGAUGUGAAGAAAAGUACGUCUUGGCCUGCCGGAAAACGCGAAAAUCCAGACGUGGUCCUUGAAUCAAGUUAUGACUUCGUUGCCGUCGGGAACGAAAGCUGUCGCUCCGGAUGCAGAAGCUUCGGAGCUUCUUCCAUGAAACCAAAACAAAAACCGCAGCCGGACCCAACACGGGCGGAAUCUGCAAUCGACUACGGUUGCUCGACGGACGAAAGCGAGGUCUUGGAGGAAGCCGAGGACGCAGACGACUCGGAGGAUGCAGCUGAGGGCAAGAAGAGAAAGGGGAAACAGCUCCCUCCUCUGAAAGCCAGAACACAGAAGACCAGACGAGGUCACCUCGAGGAGGAACUCGCUGGUCAAACUCAAGAAGAACAUGCCGACGACUCUUUUCGUUCGCAUUCGCUUCCAAGUAGCAAACAGCCGAAUAAACUCGUUCUGCCGAUAGAAUCGCGUCGGCAUGCUGUUGGGAACAAAAGCAGCAGAGCUACUCAUGUCGGUACUCCCCAGACCCAGAAUCGUCCAGAUCACGAACGGUGCGCAGCAGCUGCAAUCGAGCGCGGCUCCACGACGACAUCAGCUACGCCUAUAGAAGUAGACUCACGCAAGAACGCUGCUUUCUCGGCCAGCACGACUCACGAUUUCAGUCACCACGGUCAAGCGGUUUAUACGCGUAGUUCAUCUUCUUCCCGACCCCGGGCACAGCUCAGUCUGCUCGGAGAUUUGAAGAAUCCGCCCUUUGCUGAGCUGACAGGCAGACACGACCCGCUGGGAUGCAUGCUGCCUCCGUCACUGCACGAGUUCGAACAGCUUCGGAACUACCAGGAGCGCCUCAGAGCAGGCGAGGGCGAAGGGAGUCAGGAACGAGCCCCUCCGACAACGGUGGACGACGUUUUGUAUGCCCCAGGGGGGCGGGGCUGGUUUCUCUCGUCGGACACGAGCGCUGCGACUGCUCGCAGUCGCACUAUGAAGCGGCAAAAGACUUCCACUAUCGAGGAUUCUUCUCGACGAGCUCGUCCAGCUCCAGCGAGCGUACAGCAGGGGGAAGAAAGGAAGUAGGCCUGGAUAUUGAAGGUGGUGGUGGUCGCUCAGAGGAAGAAGUUUAGGAAGGCACAAGCUCAAGCAGGCCUAGGUAGUAUGUAUAGAAUAUCAAUGUGUUGUGUUCCUGUACAACUAGAUAGUAUGUAUCGAUCUCUAUAUUUGUCAAGAUCCGCAGCUGACCGUGGCAAGAACUAGGACAACGAGAAAGUACUUUAUACCUUAUUUAAGCAUUCUGUUUCAAUGGCGUCAUCAUGGUCAUAUUAUCGUGAACGGUUAUCGUCAUGCUCCUCGCGAAGUAGAUCAGCCCGCAUUUAGAACUACUUUGAUAGAUAAAAUAGUAAUAGGAGCACAAAAAUACUAUUUCUAGCUAUAGCGAUUCAAGUCUCGUCUUCUUUCUUUUGUGAACGCGUGAUUUUGUGCUGACUUCUGCUCUUCACCAAAACAAAAUAUAGACUAGAGAACAACGGCCGCUGUCGGCGUACAGUCAGACGGUUUUGCGGUCAUAGUUUCUCUUUCAUAUAUGUAAAGCCUUCAACUUGCCGAAGACUGAGGUGCACCAACACGAAAUUUCGUAAAUCACGAAGAAGCUCUCGGUUCUAAAGAAAAAGAACGCUGUAGGUAUACAUUGCAGGUGUGUGAAGAUUUUAGCGCUAAAGAAGAACGCUAGAUUUUAGCGCUAAAGAAGAACGCUCUGGAGGCUAUCAAAAGAAAAAAUGAAUGAAGUAUUCCAUGCAUUUUUGUCUAACAAUUUCUCUGAAAAACAAAAAAUAAAAAGAUGGGAUGCAAUACUUUUCUGCAAGAAUAUCAUCGUUUCGGACUGUUAUCAUCGUCCUGUGCAGAUACUACAACCCCAGAACCAAAACGCACUUAUGAAUGAACUGACAU